AUGCUUUGUGACAUUUGCGAGGCGAUCCCAUUUGGAAAUCUGCCGUCAGAAGAGCAAAAUGCUCUACCGCAUCAACCCAGUCUUGACGCCCUAGAGGCUUCUAAAGAGUCAUGUUCAAUAUGCAGUCUCAUCUGGUGGGCCGCCGGUUGCUCCUUGGUGAACGUCGGCGGAAUGGUGGCUUUUAGAUCUGGCGUGGAAUACCCCUCAGGCCGCAAGAUUAUGACCCAAGAGACAGAAAGCAACUACAACCCCAUCGGGUUGUUGCGCGCCAUGGAGAACGGAGCGGUAUUUCUCGAUACCCCCAGCCCAAAACCUGACCUGCGCGAACCUGUUUUCAUGGAUCCACGCUCUUGCUUUCCGGCCACCGAGGAGAUCAGUGGGAAAAUUCGACCAUGGAUAUUUGGCAGCUGGUACAAAUCGCCCUUCAAGGACAUACCUCUUCAAUUGAUCGGUUUGGGCGUAAGGCUCGGCACGGGACCCAGUGCAGAAGCUGCAGAAGGCAAUACCGAUGAGGAGGUUCGCCUGAGAGGCACAUUUCUGAGGGUACGCACAGACGACGGUAUCAUGCUUCUCCUUUCAAAUGGCCAAUACUAUGCUAACCUUCUAUCCGAGAUUCUGGCCUGGCAGAAAUGGUUCCGGGCCGCCUUCGCACAAACCAUCAAGGCUCUUCCAUAG